UGAUGAUAAACACACAGCUACUCAACAUUAGCCUGAUGCGCCUCAAAGCAGUCGACAUUUUAUUUCUCUUUAUUUUUCAACAAACUGUCACUUUUAGGACUUUUCCGCUGCUGGAGACCAACAAAGCAAGAACCAACACACAUGGUGAAUGAUCAGGAGUAUUUUAUCAGUAAUGGAGAUGGAAAUGACGGGAUCAAAAGAGUAAAAAUUAGGAGGAAUUCCAUGUCACAGGAUUUCUGGAACUGUGGAGUAAAUUUUUUGGAUGCCUGGUCAGCGUCAGAGCGCAUGGGGAACACACUUUGUGAGUCUGUUUAUGUGUGAGUGACACUAACCAGCCGGUCACAGCCACACAGUAACCUCUGAAACCGUUAACAGUCCUGGAGAAGGAUGCCUUCCCUGCAUCAUGGAGCAAUCUUCACCGGAGCCUUCCUCAUUGUGACUGGGGGGUCCACAGCCUUCCUGACUUCAUCCCAGAGUCGCCUGCAGGCUUUCUCCCUCUGCUGUGUGGUGCUGGGGGUGGUCAUGCUCAUCCUUGGGUUAUUUUGGGCUAUGAACAGCAAAAGUGCUGCUAAUUACAACCACAGCGAGUACGACCAAGAGUGCCCGCAUUAUUCGUACGAAUACACCAACUACCCCGGCCAAGCCUACUUCACUUCCCCAGGGAAUCGGUUCCCAGAGUCCCAGUCAGUGUUUCUGCCCAGGACGAUGGAGCGCCACAGGCAUGCUGCUCGAGGUGAAGAUUUCGACUACCCCCCAAUGAUUAUGGAAUCUGGUGGUUUCAGUCCAACUCCUCAUCCUCCUCCAUGGCUGGGACCCCCACCUCCAUAUGAGGUUGCCAUCAAGACAACAUGUAGCUCCACACACCUGCGGCGUGCAUACUCAGACACACACCUGGCAUCAGAGCCCUUGUUUGGACAGUCAAGGGAGAUCAGCUUUGAGGUGUGAUGACUGGGGAUCCUGCUCAGACUAUGCUGUAGUUUUCUUUUCAUAGUAACAAACUUUUUCACUCACUUGAAGCAUGGGUCUUUCUUGGUCUUAGCAUGCUUUCUGCAAGUUUCCUGUAAUUUAAAUUAUGCAAUGAUGCUAAGGUUAAAUGCAUUGAGAGUAUAUAUAAAAGGGGCUGAAGGGAUGCCACACACUGGUUGCAAAGUCCCAUUUUGAAGCCUCAACUUUAGCACAACGAGCACAAAUAAUUUGCUUAAAAUGCUCCAAAAGGCACAAAACCUCAUAGAGAGAUUUAGAUCAAUGGAAUGACUUGAAUUAUCAGAGCUGAAGCCAAACACCAAAGCGCCAUCUGCUCACCCCCACCUGCAAUAAUAAUUACAACUUUAAGCCUUAACGUGUACAGUUGAUAAAAGGCGAGAUUUAGAGAUGAAGAUCAAAACCGUCUGCUCUACCACGAUGAAAACAUUUACUUUUUCCUCUCAUGUUCUCAUAUUUCAUCAACAAGCAUUUCAACAUGGGAACCCCUCAGGUUUGGAGCCAGCCUUAUGUAGUCUUUAAAGGAACUUCCAUGUGGCUUCAUUUUUCAACCCAUGGUGUUGCCACUUGGUUAAAUUUCUAUCCAUCAUUGGAGGCUGGAGCUUAUUUCAGUGGUCUUGGGACAAGAGGUGGGGCUAACACAAAGAAACAUUAAGCUAAGAUGCUUUCAUAGUCUUUGGACUGUGGGAGGAAACCGGAGUACCAGGAGAAAACUCACAAAGGGAGGCACAUGAAAAACAUGCACACUCCACACAGAAAGGCACCAGCUAGAUUCAAAACCAGGACCUUGUUGCUGCAAAGUAAAAUCUGAAUAACAGCACCAUUGUGCUGGUCUUGGUUAAAUGCAUAAGAUACCAAAUUCAUCUUUAUUUGACCAAAAUAAAGCACAAAGGCUUUUUAAACUAACACUGAUAUAUUUAUACACAAGAAAUUCAAUGCCAGGUCCUGUGGAUGUGAUGCAGGCAGUCACCCAUCUAUGCCUGGACUACCUAAAUGUCUGGAUCUUUUGCUGAGGAAUUGCUCUCCAUUCCUGGAUGAGUGCAGUCUGCAGCUGCACAGUCGUCCAUGGUUGUGGCUGCCUCUGUUCAACAUGUUCACCCAAUAGUGCCAAUAUUGCAUUUUGUUGAGUCAAAAUGUACACAAAAGUCAUGGUUUUAUGAGAGGCUACAUGUUAGUUUAAACAGUAAAUUCCAGCCUUUAUGCUAAGCUUUCCCACACCAGAAACAUUAAGCGCCAUGGAGACUUAACGAAAAAGAAAACCUACAAAGUACUGGGAAUGCUGUAUUCAUCAUUUCUUUAAAUUUCUGUUUGACUGAUCUGGACAACUGGAUAAUCCUCCUCUGUGGGAUGGGGAUUGUGGCUUUCAAACAAUGCAGAUGUUCUCUGGGAAUAGCAAUCCUUCAGUUCAUGUGCCACACAUGUACUCAUCAGCUCGGUGAGGGCAGGGGAACGAUGACUCAUCUAACCAUAUGAGUUUUUCCACUGCUUGAUAGACCACUGCAGCUCACUGGCAAUGCUGCAUGAGUUUCAAGGGUUACAAAAUGACCUAUUGUGCCCUCACAGUUGCUGUCAUUAGAAGGAUCCCUUUGUGCGUUCGCAUUUUUAAAACAUUUUAACAUGACUACUGUUGUUGUAAUACAGUGCAACAUGGAAAUCAACUAUUAGAUGCCUUAAACAUAUUUCUCUUUAAGCAUGUGACAUUCAGGUGCUGUCUGAAAUCUACAACUUUAAAGAUUUGAGGAAUGGAUCAACCCCAAAUGCCUUUAUAUGCUUUUAGUUUUUUAAAUAGAAUAAAAGUUAAACAAGGAAGUUAGGGAAAGGAGACUUUGAGCAAGAAAGACUUUUCAGAACAGUUCAAACUGGGAAGCAGAAAAGUACCCUUCUGUGUUUAGAACAUAUCAAUCAAAGAUAGUAAACUAGACAAAACUAUGGUGUUAAUCAUGAUUAUGUUUGUGUCUUUUGUCUCUCCAAGUUCAUUUUCAUUCUAUCGUAAAAUUUAAAAAAAAAAAAAGCCCUGGAUUUUUUUUCUGUUCUUGGUCAUCUGCCGCGUAUCAGACUGCUCGUCAUUUAUUCUUCACAGUUUAUUAUAUUAUAAACUACAGUGACAUAUGAGCACCUCUCAAACGGAACAGCUGGCUUCAGCUAACAUGAGUCACAGGAUCAUGGUUGUCUCACCGUGUAGCUUGGAACUGUUUGUUUAGCUCUGAAUAUGCAUGUAUCUGCUAUGCGCUUGGAAAAGGCAACUCAAGAGAGAACUGUGCAUUGAUUUCAGUCUCUGUGAGAGUGUGAUUUCAACUUUGUUUAAUAAAAACAAAAAAGCUGACAGUCUCAGAUGUUUUGAUUGUCUCAUUAACCAGGAAAGAUGACAGGAUUUAAGGCUGUACUGCCACACUGCCGUGUAAUAACUGAAAAUAAAGCAUUUAGCAUUUUUUGGCAAGUAUAAGCGUGUUUCCAAAAUACUGCAUUUAUAAAUGCAAUUUGCAGACUUUUUUGUGUGAUUGAUACAUUUGAUAGAGAACAGAUCAGAAAACA